AUAUGUAAAAAAAUGUUGUCCUUUUGUGGGUUGAUUAGAAACAAAUUGGAAAGGAGGGGUGAGAUCUUGACAGUCAAAUAAAUGGCAAGCAGGAAAUCGGAUUUAAAAGCGAACAGCCAGCACCCAUGGAAGAUGAGCAUUGAGCCACCCAAAAAUUAUUAAUUUAAUCAUUACCAUCUCUCAGGAACCUCUUCUCCCUCGCAUUGCUAGUAUCGCCCUCACUGUAAAUCUCUCCGUAUCUAUCUCACUUGUUUCGUCUGUUUGGCAUGGCGAUCGCAGCUGCAGCUGUUGUUGUCCCUCUGGGUCUGCUUUUCCUUCUCUCUGGCCUCAUGGUUAAUAUAAUUCAGGCAGUAUGCUUCAUCCUUGUUCGUCCGGUAUCGAAGAAUAUGUACAGGAAGAUCAAUAGAGUGGUGUCAGAGUUGUUGUGGGUGGAGCUUGUAUGGCUCAUCGACUGGUGGGCAGGAGUUAAGGUCCAACUGUACACGGAUUCUGAAACUUUCAAACUAAUGGGAAAAGAACAUGCUCUUCUCAUAUGCAAUCACAGAAGUGACAUUGAUUGGCUUGUUGGAUGGGUUUUAGCUCAGCAUUCGGGUUGCCUUGGUAGCACUCUGGCUGUCAUGAAGAAGUCAUCAAAAUUCCUUCCAGUCAUAGGGUGGUCGAUGUGGUUUUCUGAAUAUGUCUUUCUGGAAAGAAGUUGGGCGAAGGAUGAAAACACAUUGAAGGCUGGACUUAAACGGCUGAAAGACUUUCCUCGGCCCUUUUGGUUGGCUCUUUUUGUGGAGGGAACUCGCUUUACUCAGGCAAAACUUUUGGCAGCUCAAGAAUAUGCAGCUUCAAUGGGCUUACCUGUUCCUCGAAAUGUUUUGAUUCCCCGCACUAAGGGUUUUGCUGCAGCUGUAAGUAAUAUGCGCUCAUUUGUUCCAGCAAUCUAUGAUGUAACUGUUGCUAUUCCUAAAAACCAACCUCCACCUACAAUGCUGAGAAUAUUGAAGGGGCAAUCUUCUGUGGUUCAUGUUCACAUCAAGCGACACUUGAUGAAGGAAUUGCCUGAGACUGAUGAUGAUGUUGCAAAAUGGUGUAGAGAUGUAUUUGUGGCCAAGGACGCUCUAUUGGACAAACAUUUGGCUGAUGGUACCUUCAGUGACCAAGAAUUUCAAGACACUGGUCGGCCAAUAAAGUCUUUGUUGGUUGUUAUCUCUUGGUCAUGUCUUCUUCUAUUUGGGGCUUUCAAAUUCUUCAAAUGGACUUCACUUCUAUCAUCAUGGAAAGGAGUUGCAUUCUCAGCUGCAGGGUUGGCCAUUGUUACGUUAUUAAUGCACAUCUUCAUUCUGUUCUCCCAGUCCGAGCGUUCCACCCCUACCAAGGUGGCCCCAUCACGACCUAAAAGUGGGGUAGAAUUGUCUGUAACAGGCCGAGAUAAGCAGCAUUAAUUAGCCAGCUAAUUUGAAAUAUAUGGAAAAUACCAUUGAUCCUGGUAUUUGAUUAGUUCAUCCAUGGGCAUUGUUUUGUGGACGUCCAAAAUGAUACAUGGCCUUGCAUGCAUUGUUUGCAUUGUUUCUCAUCGUUUGCCUUGAAGGCAAUUGGCAAUAGUUUCCAGUUUUGUAUCAAAUAGAGUUUGUAUGCAUAUCAAUUCAUUUGACUUUUCACAUAGAGGGUAAAUUCCUUCGUGUGCACAACUUGAAGAUGGGUGAGAGUACACAUAAACACGCUGUGACAUGCAGAGAUUUUAGACUAAUAGCUUUUUGUCAGGAUUUUAGUAGAUCUCAUUGGAAACAUGCCUAAGUUUUGUCUACA